AUCCAAGUUAGCAACAUAUAGAGACAGUCCCUACCCAACAGCGGGCUCACAGUCUAAAAGGGGGAGACGGAGGAGGCCCCGCCGGCAUGAACGGCUCCGGCGAGGGGCUGCUGCUGCUGCAGGCCUACGACUUCGAGCACCACCUGGACCUGCGGCCCUGGAUCGUGGACAACUGGAGGACAUCCUUUCCGAUGGUGCUUGUGUACCUGCUGCUCAUUUUUAUGGGGCAGCGAGUCAUGAAGGGCAGGAGUGGCUACAACCUGCGCCUGCCCCUGAUGUUCUGGUCCCUCAGCUUGGCCAUCUUCAGCAUCUUGGGCACGGUGAGGAUGUGGGGUUUCAUGAAGGCCGUGCUGCUCUGGGGAGGGCUGAAGCACAGCGUCUGUUUCACCCGCUUCUACAACGACCCCGUCGUCCGCUUCUGGUCCUUCCUCUUCUCAGCCAGCAAGGUCAUCGAGCUCGGCGACACGGCCUUCAUCGUGCUGCGUAAGCAGCGGCUGCUGUUCUUGCACUGGUUCCACCAUAGCACGGUGCUUAUUUACACCUGGUACGCCUACAAGGACAAAGUGGCCAGCAGCGGCUGGUUCAUGACCAUGAACUACGGCGUGCACGCCUUCAUGUACUCCUACUACACGGCCCGGGCGGCCGGCCUGCGGGUGCCCCGGCCCUGCGCCAUGCUCAUCACGGUGCUGCAGAUCCUGCAGAUGGCCGGAGGCAUGACCGUCAUCGGCCUCAACUGGUUCUGGAUGCAAGAUCGGAACUGCCACAUCUCCCAGGACCAAGUGUUCUGGGCCUUCUCCAUGUACCUGGCCUACCUGGCGCUCUUUCUCCAUUUCUUCCACCAGACCUACUUCCGGGGCCGGGCUGGCAAGACCAAGGGCGAGUGAGGGAGGGUGCCAGCCCUCUUCCCCUCACCCCCUGCCUACUGCUCUCAUCCUUCCCAACUCUCCACAUGCUGUCGACAGCUGUAAGGAAAGGGCCCCUGGGAGGGAGCUGCCCCGACGCGGUGAUUUGGGGGGGGGCGGGGGCAGUUGCAAGGGACGGGAGGCCGAGCCCCGGAUGACAUCAGCGUGGGGAGCGGGGCCGGGGUCACCCGUGCCAGCUGGUGUGCCCCGGGCACCGACUUCGCUGUGGUCUCAGCCUGUGGGCACAUAUCUGAGGCCCAAAUCCCACCUCCCUCUCUCACCUGUCCUGUGUGAAUCCCACUGUGGGGUGGGGAGAGGGGGUCCCAGCGUGCUCGGGGAGGAGGGGGCAGAAGAAGAUCGCUGCAGCCACAGCAGAAUGCCACAAAACCACUCUUUGCCACAAAACUAUUCUUUCCCACAUCAUUCCCCCGGGUGUAGGGCGGCAGCCUCGGCUUCCCCGUUCCCCCUGAACGUGCUUCAAUGCUUCUCUUUUUAAUGUGAAGACCUGGGGGAGUGAGCAGAAAGAGAAGGCCCUACUCAUUUUCCCACUCCCAUUGGCUCUCGGGGAUGGGGGGGUAUUGAAAUCAGGGACCAGAGAAACCCCCUAAAGUGUAUCCCCCACUCUCAACAUGUGACCCCAAUCCUUGGGGAAAGGAGGGGGCAGCCCCAGGCCCCUCCUGAGUUAUAUUUUUGUCCAGAGGCAUUUUCUCUUCUCGCUUUUUAAAAAAUUAAAACGAUUCAACGAGACACACACACACACACCCCGACCGCCCCCCUCAACUCCACCCUCCCACUGCUCUGUCCUCUUCCGUCCAGGGCCUGGCAGGGGCCAAUCAGUCAACCGAUUGUAUUUAUUGAGCGCUAUGUGCAGAGCACUGUACUGAGCACCUUGGAGAGUACAAUAUAACAGAGUUGGUAAACGUGUUCCCUGUCUGCAAUGACUUUACAGUCUAGAGGGGCAGAAGGGGGCUAGCUGGUCUCUUCUGGGGGCACAGCACCUUUCAGCACUCUCCUGUUUGUUUGAAGUGGAAGGGUCAGCCUACUGGAGGAGACGCUGCUUCCCCUUCCGCGUCCCCUCACCCACUCCCCACAUGGCUUUGUCAGAGGAGCAGGUUGGCUUAGGGGAUACAGCACGGCCUGGAAGUCGGAGGGUCAUGGGUUCUAAUCCCGGCUCCGCCACCUGUCUGCUCGGUGGCCCUGGGCA